AUGGUACAAGGAAACCAAACACAAUUCACUGAAUUUCUACUCCUGGGAUUUUCUGAGACACCAGAGCAGCAGGGGCCUCUCUUUGGGCUCUUUUUGGGCAUGUACUUGGUCACUGUGGUUGGAAAUCUGCUCUUAAUGCUGACCAUUGCCUCUGACUCUCACCUCCAUACACCCAUGUACUUCUUUGUCUCCAAUCUGUCCUUUGUAGAUCUCUGUGUCAUAACCACUACAGUCCCCAAGAUGCUGAUGAACAUCUUGACACAAAGCAAGGUUAUAUCCUAUGCUGGCUGUGUUGCUCAGAUGUACUUCUUUAUGGCUUUAACUUGUGUGGACAAUUUCCUUCUCACUGCAAUGGCUUAUGACCGUUAUGUGGCUAUCUGUCAUCCUCUGCACUAUGCAACCAUCAUGAGUCCUAGACUCUGUGUUCUCUUGGUGCUACUGUCCUGGAUAAUAAGCCUCUUAGAGGCCCUCAUUCAGAAUCUGAUGGUAACAAGGCUCUUUUUCUGUGGAGAUCAUGAAAUUCAGCACUUCUUUUGUGAUUUUCCUCAAGUUCUGAAACUCUCUUGUUCUGAAACUUUUAUGAAUUUUAUGUUAUUAUAUAUUAUGGCUGCAAUACUGGGCAUUGUCCCACUCACAGGGAUCGUUUUUUCAUACAGUAAGAUCUGUUCUUCCAUUUUGAAAGUCCCAUCUGCUAGGGGUAAGUACAAAGCCUUUUCUACCUGUGGAUCUCAUCUCUCUGUUGUUUCUUUAUUCUAUGGCACAGGGAUAGGAGUAUAUUUCAGCUCUUCCACUACUCAGUCUUCCUGGAAGAGUACAGCUGUUUCAGCAAUGUAUGCUGUGGUCACACCCAUGUUGAACCCCUUUAUUUAUAGCCUGAGAAAUAAGGACAUAAAAGAUGCCCUUAGGAGGCUCAUUGGCAGAGUAACUUCCUAUGAGAGGUCUAGAUCCUGA